AUGUCUAGUCGACCAGUCGUCGUCUUCGUGCCAGGCGCAUGGCACCCACCAUCCUGUUUCAACAUGGUGAUGGAACGUCUCGAGGCAGCUGGAUACGAGACCAAAGGCGUGACUCUCGCCUCUGUUGGCGCCGCCGAACCACUUACAGACUUCCAACCUGACGUCCAAGCCAUUCAGUCUGUCAUGACACCGAUCAUCGACCAAGGCAAAGAUAUUUUGCUGGUUGUCCAUUCUUACGGUGGUGUCGUUGGGAACGAAGCUGUCCGCGGCCUCGAUAAAGCUAGUCGCGAAAAGGAGGGAAAGAAAGGUGGCGUUUCGCAUAUCUACUUCUGCUGCGCCUUUGCCUUGCCUGAAGACGUAUCUUUGAUGGACGCACUCCAGGGGGAGCCGCUGCCUUGGUUCCAGAUUUCUCAAAAUGGGACGAUUGUCAAUCCCGCCACGCCUAUCAAGACAUUCUACGAGGACGUCAAGAGUCCGGAAAAACACGUCGGGACUUUGAAGCCGCACAGCUACAGGACUUUCUUCAGCAAGGUCACAUAUCCAGCUUGGAAAUAUGUGCCGAGCACCUAUUUAUUGUGUGAGAAAGACCUGGCGAUUCCCAUUCAUGCGCAGAAGGAAAUGGUAGAGGGUGCUGAUGGGAGGUUUAGAACGGAGAUGGUGGAUGCCAGCCAUAGCCCUUUCUUAAGUAUGCCGGAUGAGAUGGCCAAGUCAAUUCGAAGGGCUGCUGGGGAGUCUGUGUAG